ACAUAGUCGUCUCCCUCCAAGCAAUAUCUUUCAACCAAAAUUUACCACUUUGAUAAGCCAAACAAACCCUUCAAUCAUAAGAAAUGAGCACCAAAAGGAUUCGCACAGAGAGCAAAUUCGCCAGAUACAUGAAAGGGCCAGCCAAAGCUCUGGCCCGAGCCCGAGAUCUCUACGUGCGCAGCCUUUCGGGCUGCGCCGAUCACGUCCACUGCGCCGACUCAAUGGGCUUCCCAGCGCCCCAUUUCGAGAGCUUGCCGAGGAGCUUCAGCACCAAUUCCUCGUAUUCCAGAGACGAGGAUUUGAAGGAGCUCGUUCGAAUAGCGUCCACUCGCAGCCUCACCGGAAAAGUGGAGGCCGAGCUCCACCGUUCCGGAAAACCGUCGGCGGUGGCCCGCAGCCGCACGGUGGUCAUUGGCAGGAUCGAUGAAGAGAAGCCGUGUGAAUUUGGAGAAGAUUUCGACGGAGAGAGGCCGGGGAUUUAUCCGAGGAGUAGAAGUUACGUAGCUUCAAGAAGAAGCGGCAUGGUGUGAUUUUCUUUCCCUUUUUGUUUCUGGUAAUCGUCAAAUGCAGAAGAAGUUGAAGGGCUGUGUUCGAUUUCCUCUUUUGUUGACUGUUUCUUUGUCUGCUUUGUUUAUACGUAACCAUCAUGUAGUGUGAGUAAAAGUUAGUGUGUGUUUGGUGGUUUUUGUGUGUGAACUGUCUAUAUUUCUGAAUGAUUCAAAAAACAAAAUCUGUCCUA